AUGGGGCUAUCAGUCAGAGUAAUACCAUAUGAGUUGAUACGACUGCCGGCGCCGUACGAUAGCGGACGGCCGCAUGAGUCCGGAGGUGUCGGCAAUGGAUGCCGUGAGAGGUCAGGCGGAGGCACACAAUACGAUUGUCUGCAGCGAUGCUAUCGAUCGCUAUAUGAGAGACAAUACGGAAACACAACCACUUGUUAUGCGGACAACGAUUUACCGACCAUUGAGUUAACGUCCAUCGCUAUAAACGGCAGUGUUUGCGGUCACGACUGUCUCCGCACUGCCGACGAAACACUACAAACAUUCCAAGAUGUUCACGAGUGGCCGGGCGUUGACGUCCGAUCGCUGAAACGACUUAUGACAUACGGUGUAAUUAAUGAUAUGGUUAGCCUGCCUUCUAGUCGGCCAUCGCCUACCAUCAGUCGAAUUGAUCACAACCCACAGAUGACAGAUCAACAGUUUGCGGUCAUUCGUCGCUGGAGUAAAACUUUGGGUUUAGACCCGAAGUAUGUAUUACUUCACUACAAAUCUGUCGCCGAUUUCCAACCCAUGUUAACAACCGAACCCGUAUUGUCUGGGGUAAACCAUACGUUUGCCGUCACAAAAACAAUGCGACGGCAGUUACCGGCGCCGUACGGCCGGUGCAGUCACUACGGCUCAGACCCGGCGACCGGUGCCGAAGGGGACGGCAGUGGACAACCGUUUCGGGCGACUUCCUACUGGCAUUGUAUGAGAAGGUGUCGAUUGAGUUACGUUAGGAAACCCCGCAAAGAAUGGUGUGGUUUAUAUCGUAUGGAUUUGUAUUAUCAUGAAUUAGAUUUUGACAGUCAUAAUGGCAUAAUCACACAGGCUAACAAUGAUUGUGCUAACAUGUCCAUGAUGGACAAACGAUUUGAAUUUAAUGGAAUAAACGAGACGAAAGCAAAUAUUUGGUGUCCGAAGUAUUGUCCGCCCGAUUGUCUGGCAAUCGAUUAUCGCUCGCGUGUUGUCAACGAUAACAAGGAUUACAUUCAAAGGGUUUGGUAUAACGACGACAGACCGGAGGACUGGUAUUCAGAGGACCGACUCGUUUGGGACUCAACUCAACCGAUUCAUGCGAGAAUUCAUUUCUACGAGAAUAUAACAACUGCCGGCUGUGGAGUCGGGAGGAAAGCGAAUCCUAUGGACAACAAGUGCUUCACUUAUCAUCCAAACAGUCAUACAAUGUUUGCCGGCAUUCAAAACGGACGGGUAGUCCAGAAGGGAGAGCAGCCGUGGGCUGUGUAUAUCAGAGAUAAUUUUGGAAGUUGUUACGUAAACUGUGCGGCGCCUGACUUUCGUGUAUACCCGGGGCUAACAAACCAGAGCUAUACAAACCAAACCUAUUAUACGGGCGGUCAGUAUUUUAUUCAUCCCGAAUGGGAACGCAAUCAACACCGACCCUAUGACUUGGGAUUACUCCGACUCAACACUGCUAUACCAUUGGACGGUACGUCCGGUUCGUCGGGUAUUAACUCGAUUUGUUUGCCCGAAGAGAUGAUCGCCAAUAAGGAGGAAGAAUACGUCCAAUUGGUUGGGUUUGGUGUCGACAGUGACAACCGCACGGGUUUUGGUAUAUUGAGAACUGGUUUCACCACAAUUCAAAAAGCCUCUGGCGGUCAAAAUGACGCCAUUCGUGCAUUCCGGGUGCCAUUCCCUACGGGAACGGGUGAGAGGACCGAACGAUCCUAUAUAACCAAAUUAUUCUAUGCCGAAUAG